CUACAUAACCUUUGCAAAUGUGGAUCCCUCCUUCCUUUCCAUAAAUAAGUUAUUACCAACGAGGAAAUCGUCGUUCAGAGAAUUUACGUGUCUUAUGAAUCAAUCCUACAUGGGCAAAGGCGACCUCUCACAAUUGCGUAAUAACCGCUCUUCUCUUUCCACGCAAAGCUUUUUUUGCUUCAAGAAUAGAGAAUUCAUCGCCCAAUACGCGUCACCUCACCCCCCUUCAAGCAGGGAUGGGGAAAAUAAACGUCAUAUCAAGAACCGUUGUGUAAUGGUCGUCAAGUCUUCCCUCCCCAUUUACCGCCACGGCACCGCCACAUCCGAUCUCUCCAAUCAGAAGCCGCGGAUGCAGAGCGACUACCCUUGCUGGGAAGCUGGGUCGGGCCGGAUGACUCGGGUUUGUUGUUGCAGGUUUUCUUGCUUUUCUGUUUGUACACUUACUGUUUUUUUUUUGUCUUUCUGGUUUUCAGGGAAGAAAACUUAG